CAGCGCGUGCCCUCUCCAUAAUUCCAAGAACUACAUCUCUAACAAUCCAUGUGAAGCUUAUACAGAGAUCUCUAAUAUUUUGAGCAACUCCGAUUAUUGAAAGAACAUAUGUAGGAGCGUGGACCCAAAUACAAAAAUCCAGAAAGCUUCCCAGCAUACCACGUAGCUGCAGAGCCUCUUUCAUUGGGUGAAAAUUAUGAAAGAUUGCCAUGUGAUUGCUAGCACCACUCCUUGAGCUGAGAACAUUUCUCUUUUAAGAAGAUGUAAGGUCUUUUAAUCAGGACUUACCUCCCUUUCCUACUACUCAGUGCUUUUCUGUGGCUUCUGCAUAAAUAGCACUUGGGUUUUCCAUCAAGUUUUUCUGUUUUUCAUUUCUACUAACAAACAAAACUGAAAGUUGUGAGCAACAGCAAGAAGAAGAAGGAAAUACUGAACACACCAGCAGGCACACGAGCUGAGAAAGACGGAGAGCCUGGCUCCAGACUAUGAACAUUUCCGAGAUGGCGCCAGGUGCCAACUUCACUAACAGCUCCUUCAAAUGUUCGAUUGACAGCUUCAAGCAAGCCAUUUAUCCCAUUGUGUAUCUCUCUGUCUUCUUCCUGGGUGCUGUUGGAAAUGGCCUCUCCAUUUAUGUUUUCUUCCAGCCUUCGCAGAGGAAGACCUCAGUAAACAUUUACAUGCAGAACUUGGCUGUUUCGGAUCUCAUGUUUGUGAGCACUUUGCCCUUUCGGGCCACCUAUUUCCUGCUGGGGUCACAUUGGGUUUUUGGUGAUAUCGUCUGCAGGAUCAUGACUUACACCUUGUACGUGAACAUGUACUGCAGCAUUUAUUUUCUCACCGUGCUCAGCGUGGUUCGUUUCAUAGCCAUCGUCUACCCAUUCAGGAGCUGGAAAGUAACCAACAUGAGGUAUGCCAAGAUAAUAUGCGCGGCCAUAUGGGUCUUCGUGCUGGCAGCCUCCAGCCCUCUGUUAUGCAAGGAUAUCGCUGGGUACAGAGACACAGACAAGUGCUUGGAUCUCGACCCCUCCAACGCGCACAGGCUCCUGAUGAUGAACAGCUUUGUCCUCGUCGUGGGCUUCAUUCUGCCGUUUUGCACAAUUAUUGUCUGCUACGUCUUUGCAAUCAAAGCGUUGCUCAAGUCCAGGACUCCGCAGCACAAGAAGGCGGUCUGUCACAAGAAGGCGCUGUCAACCAUCAUCAUCACUCUCAUCCUCUUCCUCCUCUGUUUCCUGCCGUAUCACGUACUGCGAACUGUCCACCUGAUGCACAGCAGCUGCAGCCAGGCCAACCUGCCCGUGCACAAGGCGCUGGUGGUCACUCUCUGCCUUGCUGCCAUGAACAGCUGCCUCGAUCCCGUCCUCUAUUACUUCGCUGCUGAAAAUUUCAAAGCCAGAAUCAGAAGUUUGUACCGCAGGUAGCUGAGGCAGAACUGCAAAAUGAUAUAUAUAUGGUGGCAACGGGACAUCUAGACUGGGUUCCUACUGUUCAACGGCAGAGGCUGUGUGGUCUAAGCCAGCCUGCAGCCAUGCCGCUCAGUGCCAGGAAUCUCUAGAGCAAAAGUGUCUUGGAAAGAGGUUGUUGGGGAUGGCCAAAACUGAGGCAGGAUGAUCAGAGAUCAGGUGCCUGGGUGCCGUCUUUGGUCCUCUUCUAUUUAGCAGUGUAGAUAUACCACUAGUGUUCAUCCUCCCCAGGACAAGGGAUUGAAAGGGAUCUACCUUGCUAUUAGAGUCCAUUUAUUUCACUUCACAAUACUCAACGAGCGGCUUGAAGGGAAACUGCUCCCCUGACCACCUCACUGUCUGUGGCUGAACCUCUCUGUGCCCCAUUUCCCUGUGUGUGCAGAGGCGUGUGGUUCAGACGCUGUGAUACCCAACAGCUUCAUAGCACCCCGUCAGCUCCCUUUGCAAACACUGGCCAAAGGUCUGCACGUAACAGAAAUGUAAAGCAUCACUGAUACUUUCUGCUGAGGCUGACUUACAAAGCGGACAGAGAGCCAAACAGGACCCGGCACCGGCUCAGGCUGCUCAGAAGACAUUAACAACAUUUCUAAAUUUUCCACUCUGAGGCAGCCACUGAGGUAUUUUUGCUUAACGUUUCACUGAUUGUCAAAUGAGAUAAUGAUUUCAAGUAAGCGGCGUCGGCAUGGAGGGCUAUGAGUAAGAUGACUGCUGGCAGCGAGGGCAGGAUGCGGGACCACGUAGCAUCCUGCAGCUCUUUGCGUGCGCGCCGACUCCUUCGAGGUCAUUGCAGCACUUGUUUUUACGCUCAGUUCUGAAAGCCAAGGUUAGGCAGCUCAGUUCCCAUGCAGGGAUCAAAAGACAAACUUUUAAAAUUAUUUUCUCCAAAUGGGGAGCUCGGGAGCUGUUUCCUCGGCGCAGGUAAACCAGUCUGACAGCAACCUGCUGCCAAAGGCAUCCCUAAUCCCUCACCUCCUGCCUGCUCCGAGGAGGAAACUGGUCCCUUUUUUUCAUAGGAUUAACUUCCAGUUGUUUUGAACUCCCUGCCAUCAAACGCGGGGAAGCACUAAGCCAGGAACAGGAGGAAAGACGGGCAGCAGAGGAGGAGGAGGGCUGUUUUAGAAAGCAACGGGGAGCUACACCUAUGUGUUCUUUGGAAAACCUCACCAAAUGGCUGCCUACAUUUUUAAGUCCCUGAAUAUUUUCCAAAAUAUAUUUCCUAGAAAUCAGACCUCUUGCAGUUAAGUGAAAACAGGCUCCAAAUUCAGUUUGACCACAUUGAGAUUUAGUUUUUAAUUACCUCAUUUUUGAAUUAAAAGAAGACAAGAAGUUUUGUCAUGUUUUGCAGGAAAACAGCCCGUCUCGCAUGAAAACAAGCAAAAAUGCUGAAAGCCUUCCCUCCCUGUGAAAUCCACCCCAAAGGAAGGUUUCUGUCAGUGAGAUGCUUCCUCAAUGCUCUGAACUUUUUUUGGAGAAAGCACUCUAUAAAUUGAACGUUAUUGCUCCCAAACAAAAAUAACUGCAGCUAGCUAUUUUCAGCUCUGUCUGAAAUAUGCAGAAAACAAAUCAUUGCUGGUCAGGUGGAAACGUACUUGGUAAAUCACUGGGAAAGUCACUUUUUUCUUGGCUAUCUAGGGGUUAUGUUCAAUUGCAGAGCCUUUCUAUUUCAGUCACUUUAUGCUGCCUUUGACACAAGCACAGAGUUUUAUCAUAAGUCUUCGCUAAAGUUCAUGCUCCAAAUCCUUAUUUCAGUAACUCAGCGGCAUACCUGAGAGCUGACCUAAGGAUGCCACGUGAACUCCUGCAGUGCUUGGUCCCAUGUUAUUGAAGGAAAAGGGAAUGUUAGCACUGGUUCGCAAUGGAAUGGGAUCGAGAUGCUAGCCUGUGCAGAGGGAUAGUGGACAAAUAAUUGGAACAAAGGGGGCAUACUCUUUUUCCACAGUAUUUCCCUUUCAGGAAUAGACCUCAGCAUGGACAAGUGACAAUCUUGGAGCCUCUGACGAGAUACCGUACACCUUAAAUGCUACAAGGGAAUGGGAAAAAAUUUGCCACACUCUAAUCUCACUAACAUGUUUUUGUCUGUAUCCAUUCAAAUGCACCCUAUUACCAGGUAAUUUUGCAUCUUGAUAAUAUAUGUAUCUCACUUAAGAGGUCACUUUUUUUUAUUUUUUAUUGACCGUGCUAUAACUUUGUUAGCAAUUGAAUUAACUGUCAAAC